GACUUCACAAGGAAAAUGGAGUAUACAGAGGGAGAGUAUUAUGACUAUAGUGAGCAUGAAAACAUCAGCUACAACUUCAGCUACGAUGACUACCAAACCAUUUGUCAAAAAGAGGACGUUCGCUUAUUCUCAAAGAUCUUCUUACCGGUUGUAUAUGGGUUAUCUCUAGUAGUGGGUCUUGCAGGAAAUGCUCUAGUGGUGGCUGUGUAUGCAUAUUUCAAGCGCCUCAAGACAUUGAUGGAUACGUUCAUGGUACACCUGGCCGUGGCCGACCUGCUGCUACUGUUAACACUACCUUUCUGGGCUGCUGCUGCUGUGCAGGGCUGGGAGCUUGGAGAGCUUCUGUGCAAGAUUGUCAGAGCCUCGUACACCAUUAACUUUUCCUGCAGCAUGCUUCUUCUGGCUUGCAUCAGCCUGGACCGAUACUUUUCACUAAGUCCAGGACUCAAAGAGACUUUCCUGGGUAAGGCGUUUAGGAGGAACCAGUCCAUCAAGCUCUGCCUGGUGGUAUGGACCAUUGUGUUCCUUCUUGGAAUUCCUGAUUUGGUGCUCUCCACUAUUAAGGAGCUUCCUGAUGGGAAAGUGUGUAUGGCUGUGUAUCCUUCAACCAUGGCCAUUCAGGCUAAAGUAAGCAUGGAAGUGCUGGAGGUGCUGCUGAGUUUCUUGGUGCCAUUGCUGAUAAUGCUCUACUGUUAUUCCCAUGUGGUGCGGAAGCUACUUGACCUUCCACUAGAGAACAGAGAAAAGAAAUGGGCAACCAUCCGUGUGUUGAUAGUUGUGGUUGGGGUUUUUGUGGUCACACAGCUUCCAUACAACAUUGUGAAGUUCUGCAGAGUCCUGGAUCUGAUACACUCGCUGGUGAGCCACUGUGAAAUGAGUAAAGCGCUGGACCGGGCAGCUCAGGUCACUGAAAGUCUGGCUCUGACCCAUUGCUGCCUGAACCCUCUACUCUAUGGCUUUUUGGGAGCGUCCUUCAGACGGAACGUGCUAAAAUUAGCCAAAGACAUUAGCCAAAGGGGAAGGUCAACAGAAAGGCAGGAGCAACAUGAAGUGGAAAUCCCCUUCAAUUCACACUCACAGUCCCAAAAGACAAGUACCUUCUCCAUAUGA